GCGGGCAAUUUCAGUGUGAGACGGAGCGACGAGACCGAGCGGCGGCUUCGAGCGCUGUGCGGCGGCUCCUCCCGCCCGGGGUCAGCGCCCCAGCGCGCGCACGCGCACCCCCGCCGCCCGAACGCGCUCCGCGCCACCCGCUCAGUUAGUCCGUCGAUAGUCCGUCGUCCUGUCGCCGCGCCGCCGCCACCGCGGGCGCCACCUGAAGGAGCUGCCGCCGCGGAACCCGAGCGGACUGGAUACGACCCUGCCACCCGAGGCCGCCCAGGGCCCAACAGCCGCCCGCGGAGGCGCCGAGCAACUUCGGUUGGCCAGCACGUUGACGGAGUUGCCUUUUGACAUAGCUCCCACCAUGGCCGGCUGGUAGGACCACCGUCCCAUGCCCAGAAGCCAGUUCAGAAUGACUGAAGAAGCAUGCCGAACACGGAGUCAGAAACGAGCGCUUGACCGGGACGCAGCAGAGGACGAUGUGGAGAGCAAGAAAAUAAAAAUGGAGAGAGGAAUAUUGGCUUCAGAGUUAAACGCUGACGGAGACAUGAGAGUGACGCCUGAGCCGGGAGCAGGCCCAGCCCAAGGGUUGCUGAGAGGCGCAGAGGCGAUGGCCAUGGGCAGAGGCGAAGGGCAGGUGGGCGAUGGGCCCGUGGACAUGCGAACCACACACAGUGACAUGAAGUCCGAGAGGAGAGCCCCUUCGCCCGACGUGAUCGUACUCUCUGACAAUGAGCAGCCUGCGAGCCCGAGGGUGAAUGGGCUGACCGAGGAUGCCUUGAAGGAGACCAGCACUGAGGCCCUCAUGAAAAGCAGUCCUGAAGAACGAGAAAGGAUGAUUAAGCAACUAAAAGAAGAGUUAAGAUUAGAAGAAGCAAAACUCGUUUUAUUGAAAAAGUUGCGGCAGAGUCAAAUACAAAAGGAAACUACCACCCAGAAGCCCGCAGGCUCCACUGGGAGCUCUGUGACCACCCCUCCCCCGCUUGUACGGGGCACCCAGAACAUUCCUUCCGGCAAGCCAUCACUUCAGACCUCUUCAACUCGGAUGCCUGGCAGUGUCAUCCCACCACCCCUGGUCCGUGGCGGGCAGCAGACGUCCUCGAAGUUAGGGCCACAGGCGAGCUCACAGGUCGUCAUGCCCCCACUCGUCAGGGGGGCCCAGCAGAUCCACAACAUCAGACAACAUUCCAGCACAGGGCCGCCACCGCUCCUCCUGGCUCCCCGGGCAUCUGUGCCCAGUGUGCAAAUUCAGGGACAGAGGAUCAUCCAGCAGGGCCUCAUCCGCGUCACCAACGUCCCCAACACUAGUCUGCUCGUCAACAUCCCACAGCCCUCCGCAGCAUCGCUGAAAGGAACGACAGCCACUUCUGCUCAGGCCAACUCCACCCCCACCAGUGUGGCCUCCGUGGUCACCUCUGCUGAUUCUCCAGCCAGUCGGCAGGCAGCCGCCAAGCUUGCACUGCGCAAACAGCUGGAGAAGACGCUGCUUGAAAUCCCCCCACCCAAGCCCCCCGCCCCUGAGAUGAACUUCCUACCCAGCGCUGCCAACAAUGAAUUCAUCUACCUGGUCGGCCUGGAGGAGGUGGUGCAGAACCUGCUGGAGACGCAAGCGGGCAGGAUGUCAGCCGCCGUUGUGCUGUCUCGGGAGCCCUACAUGUGUGCACAGUGCAAGACGGACUUCACGUGCCGCUGGCGGGAGGAGAAGGGCGGCGCCAUCAUGUGCGAGAACUGCAUGGCAUCCAACCAGAAGAAGGCACUCAAGGUGGAGCAUACGAGCCGCCUGAAGGCCGCCUUCGUGAAGGCGCUACAGCAGGAGCAGGAGAUCGAGCAGCGCCUCCUACAGCAGGGCGCCGCCCCCGCGCAGGCCAAGGCCGAGCCUGCUGCUGCCCCACACCCUGCGCUGAAGCAGGUCAUAAAACCCCGGCGUAAGUUGGCGUUCCGCUCAGGAGAGGCCCGCGACUGGAGUAACGGGGCUGUGCUACAGGUCAGAACUGCGGUGCCGGGAGCCCCCUGCACCGAACCACCAACCGGCCCUCACAUCCCAGACCGUGACCACGUCAGUCGCCGACUGUCACACUGCCUGUGUCUGUCUGCCUCCAGCCAGCUGUCCCGGGGCUCGGCCACAACGCCCCGAGGCAUCCUGCACACGUUCAGCCAGUCACCCAAACUGCAGAAUGCAGCCUCGGCCACAGCCCUCGUUAGCAGGACCGGCAGACAUUCCGAGAGAGCCGUGAGCGCUGGCAAGGGCAACGCCACCUCCAACUGGAAGAAGGCGCCCCUGAGUACAGGCGGGGCCCUUGCAUUUGUCAGCCCGAGCUUGGCGGUGCACAAGACCUCCUCAGCUGUGGACCGCCAGCGGGAGUACCUCCUGGACAUGAUCCCGCCACGCUCCAUCCCCCAGUCGGCCACGUGGAAAUAGUGCGAGCCGGGCCCAGUGGAGAACAGGCUCCCUCCUCCCUCCCACCUGGCCCCACCACCCUCCACUCGGGAAGACACCCUGCUCCCCGAGAGGGCGAGUAAGCGCCGGCCGCGCUGCGGAAGUGAGAGUUCCGAUCUUGGCUGCAAAGUCUCAUCGACGUGGGGGGACCACUUCAUAGGUGGACCAGGAUUAUUACUGGGGACCUUUCCCAUGGGCUUUCUUCCUUUCUUUGCCUUUAGUUUGCCCAACACCAGCAGAAAAGCGGACCUUGGGGGCUGGUUCUGCUCCUCGCCCUCUCCUUCGGCCCCCUGAAGGGCACAUGGACGGCUCACCCUAGACACUGUGACACACUCGGGCAAUGGCGCCCGGGGCUUCUGAAGUUGAGCGGAGCAUUCUGUUUUGUUUUUGCUUUUCCCUCUGUCUUAGCCUCCUAAUCUUUGACUGCCUUCCUUCAUGGCAAUCUCUAGGUUGACAGAUUUUUUUUUAAAUCACCUCACGAUGAUGGAGUUUAAUGUAAACCGUGCAGACCUUCCUGCCAAGCACGGCCCCCAUGCCCUGGAGGGUGGGCCUCUGACCACCCAGCCCUUGCUCCAGCAGAAGGCCUCUGCUGCUGCUCGUCCCAGAGACCCCCGACCUUCCACACUUAAGCAGAAGAACAAACUGCAACCCGGACCCAGCCAGAGAGCCCGGGAUCCUGGAAGCCGAGAACCGUCAACAGAGUAGGGAGGAGAGAAUCGGCAGCAACAUCCAGAGCCUGAGCGGGAAGUUGGAGGGGCUGGCUGUUGUGUUUUUUUGUUGUGGUGGUUUAUUUUAUUAAAUUCUUUUCUUUUCCUACUUACUUUGAUGGACAACAUCCUAAGCCCUGGCCUGUGCUUCUGUCAGGUGUGUCUGGGUGGGGAGGCGCCCCUGCACCCCCACCCCAGACUUCAGGGUUCAUGUUUGGGUCUAGUUUAGAACCUUCCCUUAAAGCAGGGCCAUGCUGCCAGGGUUUGCCUUCAGACUUUUUUUUUUUUUUUUAAGCCCCCCGCUAGAGUCUACAGAAAUGUCUUACAAAGGAUCAGGUCUGCUUUUAGUUGUGUUGUGUUUUGGUUUCUCCCACUCCUUAAAAAUCGGUCCAUGAGGAAAGGCAGAAGCUGUUGUGUGUGUGCUGCACAUGGGCCAGCUCUGUGCAGGUGUGAGGGUGUCAUGUGUAUGCGCACACGCGUGUGUAGAUGGGGUAUGCUGCUCCUCACUUCAGCCCCAGCCCUGGUUUUACUAUCCAUGCAGUUAGGGACUUAAUUUAAAAUCCUUAUUUUGUAGGGCCACCUUCUUCGAAUACACUGCUGCAACAUUCUAAUAAAGGCUCAUUUAACCGCCGCCGCGCCCCCCCCCCCCAUGUUGUGUGACUAUCAGUGUUUAGAGGACAUUUUUGACAUGCCGUAGAACUAGUUUUCCAAAGCAUUCUAAUUUUUUGUUGUGUAAAAUCCUAAAUUUUUCAUUGAUUUUUGUUUUGAGUACAUAAUGUAGAUGGGCUGAAGGAGGGGAGGGCAGGAGAAGGGUGGCUUUCAUUCCAAGAUCCAGGGAUUUGGGGGAAAGGGGAAAUUGACCUUCAGGAGGGGUGGGGGAGCGGGGAAGGGUGUGUUUUUACACCAAAAAAUCAAGAGUAUGCAAGCAUUUCUAUUCCUCUCAUUUUUCUGUGUGCCUGGCAAAUAAAUACCUGUCUUAUACUACUCUGAGCUGUUAGCUCUCUCUGUUCAAUGACAUGGGCCAAAUUUUCCAAAUCCUCCAAGAAGGAGUGCCCGCUGGCCUCCCCUGCAAACUGACCUCAGUCCUAUGCAGCAACUCAGGCGUCUGGGCCAAGGUCACCUCUGCACUGGGGGUGCACCAUCGUUGUUGCACCCCCGCGGGGGCUGACUGGGUCUGUGACUCCAGGGCUCAAACUGAGCCACUUGCAUUGGCCCCGAGCCCCGUCCCCAUCAGAACCUCACUCUCCACUAUGCUCAGGAACCACCUCUCCUCACCUCACCUGGCCAGACUUCUCCAGGCUGUUGAAUAGGCCUCGUGAGUUCAGUACAAACUGACCACCACAGGCGGAGGAUGGGAUGGCCGGGCCCUGACCCUGUCUCUGCCUCCUGCAGCCCAGCAUUUGCAGGAACAUUCCCAUAGUAGGACAUACUGUGACAUAAAUGUAGCUUUUUAAAAGGGGGUCAAGAACGUGAGAUGCCUUAAUCUUCAUUUCUACUGUCUCAAAGCUUCUAUCUCCCCCCUUUUUUCCUUUAAUUUCCCCUUUGCAGUGUAACUUCUAUAAGCCUCAAGUGCAUGGUUCUGUGAUGAAAUUUAUAAUGUUGCAAGAAAAGGCAUUAAAUACCUCUCUGAAUACGGGAAGGAUAUUAACAUUAAGGGUAUUCUCCCAGCCCCAAAGCCCACGCCUCAAAAUUGGCUACAGUUCUGGGAGUUUGUAGGCUGAGAGGAUCUGGUUCCCAGGAGAACCAGAGAAUGUGGGAGCCUCCAGUCCCAAAUGACAAUUGUAACUGCCCGGGAAUCUGUGACAGGAACCCCCGAUGGCAACUGGAAACUAUUCAAAACGUCAGCUGUUCUGUGGACUCGGGUGUGGGGUUCACCAAGCUCACUUCCCCAUCUGAAGUGGCUGCCUGUGUGGGCCCGAGUGUGCACGUGGAUGCUUUCACAGAUAACUGUGCGUCCACUUGGAGCUGCCCACGGCUGUGGCCAUCCUGACCAUGUCAUGGGGACUCCAGUCCUCAAUGUCCCAUGUGUACUGUUGGGACCCACACCUUUGACAAGGUCAACAGUGGCCUCUCCCCGGGAGGUGGGGAGUGGGGGCCGGGGGUGGGGCAGGGCGCGGCUCUGGUCCUGUCUGUACUAUAAGAUCUUCAGGAAGCAAAAGCUCACUCCAGUGCAGAGGGAAUGAAAGAGGUGACAGUACACCCCUGCUGCAUCCUGUGGCUCCUGUGUCCCACAAAUCACUCUCCUGUGGGCGGAGAGACACGGGGAGGAGUUUUCUAUAUAAAUAAUACAUUAUCACAGGGGUGUAAAUAAUGGGAAAGACAGUCCUUGCUGCUCUGCCAUAGGGUUUUUCUUUGAUGCCUAGUUAUGCUGCACAUGGCGUUUGCCUAAAGAACUUGGACUGAGCUUUUUUUUUUCUUAAAGGACAGCUAAAGUUUUAUAAUCCUUAACAAAGAAAAGUAUAAUAGUCACACUAGUGUAGGGUAUUUGGGAGAUGGUUUGUUUUGGUUGGGGGGAGGAGAUUGUCACUUGUAUUUAUUGUGACUCUAAGUCUUUGAUAAUAAAUGUUUAAAAAAAUAAUCUCCCACCAAACCGGAACAGAAGUUCCAGUAAACAAAGACGCUGGAAUCAAUGGCUAUACAUUGUGUCAUGAGGAAGUUUUAGAAUCUGAAGGACAAUAAAGAAAUGGAUGUUG